UUUAAGAAAACAAGCAAGGAUGAAUUUACUUUACUUAAUGAGAUGGGCAUCCAUUCUCCCAGGAGACUCUGUCUCCAAAAGUAAACGAGAUCAAUCUGACGCCCACAUGCAGGAGCGAAAUCCAAGGGGCAGAAACCGGAGGCGAACACUUGGCGCUCUGGAAAUUUACCCGGAAAGGUGCCGGAAAGCUCCGGCUCAGCCCGAGACGGUCCUCCCGCCCCGGUCGCGGCCCCGCCGACCAGCCCACCGCGGCCCUCGGGACUUGCCCUGCGCGCGGGCAGCGGACCUGGGAGGCGCGAGGAAUCGCCGGCGUCUCUCCCGUCCGGUUCGAUCGGUCCUCACCCGUCUGCCCCAGGCGCGGGGCCUCCUCCUUUCCCGGUCCCCGCCAGCUGCCCGCACGGCGUCUGCUUCCAGGAGGCGGCCGCGCGGGCGGCGCUGUCACUCCGGCCGGCACGCCGCGGCCGCCGCACCUGGAGGCGGGGAGCGCGGACCUGCGCGCAGCUCCGGAAGCGCCGCGCCCGCCGCCCGCGCCCUGCCCAGGUGCUUCGGCGCCGCGCUUCAGCCGCUUCCUCCCGGCCAGCGGGGGCGGGGAGAGGCGCCUGGCGUGGGGGCAGCGGGGCUCAGCUAUCCGGGCAGCCGAGCCGGCCUCCCGGGUUCCACAGCAUAGUUGGGUGGCUGACUCAGUCCGUCGCGACUUGGCCGCGCCUGGCACCCUCGCCACCUGGCGCACCUCGGCCCCGAGGCUCCCGGCGGGGUUGGACAAGCUGCGAGGACGCGUCCCGGAGCCCAAAGCGGCGAGGUCAUGACCCUCCUGGGACGGAGAUGCCCGUGACCCUA